GUUAUUGAACAUUAUUUGCACUAAUGUGCAUCUACGUAUAUUUUGAAAACAGUGGAGGAUGAAACUAACUUCUAGUUUUGACGUAUAAUCGCCUGCUUGUUUUGUUUGAUGUUCGGUUUGCUACAUCCACAUCUAGAUACAAAAAUUUGCCAACUCAUGAGUCAACUUUGUCCAUGAUUUUCUUCUUGGUCUGAUUAAGAUGAUUCAUACAUAUAACAGCAGACGAUGGAUAAAUGAAUAAUGCACACUGUUAUUUCCUGGAGAAGUCGACCAGAAGCCCGCCGGUACAUCCGGUAUGAGAAUCCCUGUAUAGUCCUUCUUGGCAACGCCAUUUGCUACGUAAUAUCCGGUCUCAUUUUACUAGUCGUGGGGGUCAUCAUUACGUCACUUACAUUUCAAAAUUUGGAGCGCUAUGAACAUGAGAAAACCGAGAGAUAUGCAGGUCCUAUACUGAUAGUUGUUGGGAUAUUAAUACUUGCUCGUGGUGCCUUCAGCCAAAUCAAGGCCAAGAGAGCCAACAGUCAACAGAGCUUUGUCAUCAGAAGCUACACUGGCGAACUUUUGACUCGCCCAAUUAUGGAGUACAGCAGCAAUUCUUUAACAAUGUGCAGUGUUGGUAUUUCCGAGACGCACGAAUACCCAAGGUUAUCCAUAUAUGACGACGAACCACCAGCUUACCAUACUGUGAUUGGCAGUCAAUGUCACGUGGUUCAGACACGAGACGAAUCUACCCAAUCACCAGAAGAUUAUGCAGACCCACCACCCACGUACGAGGAGUUCAUCCAGCAUGCAACAGACACCAACGACACCUCGCCAGAGUCUAACAGUCUUCCAGAAAUCAAUGAGCAGAGCAAGGGUGGCAAUUAAAAUCCGCCAAAAGAAUAAGCUCUCUAUGCAACACGCCAUCAUACCGGCUGCCAGUAUUCAUACAUGUAUAUAUUUUAAUCUCUGCAUAGGGGUUUUUGUAUGAGGACAUAAAUAAACAGUGAUUUAUAUAAUUUUUUAUGUUACAGCAAGGUGUAAAUACUGUGUAUUGUAAGUAUAAGUGUUUGGAGCGUAAAGGUUUACACAAAUAAAUAUGAUGUGAGAUAUACCCUAAUACAACGA